AAAUCAGAAAGAUGCCGGAUUCAUGUGAUGUUACUUGCAACUGCUGCAUAUGUUGUGUGCUUAGUGGGGAUCAUAUUGAUGUACAUAUGGUAUGCACCAGAACCAACUUGCCUCCUCAACAUCUUCUUCAUAACCUGGACAUUAGUACUCCUACAACUCAUGACCAGCGUCUCUCUCCACCCGAAAGUGAAUGCCGGCAUCUUGACUCCGGGUCUCAUGGGGCUUUAUAUAGUAUUCAUCUGCUGGUUUGCUAUUAGAAGUGAGCCAGCGGGGACAAGCUGCAACAAGAAGGCAGAUGAUUCAACCAAAACAGAUUGGCUCACGAUCAUAAGCUUUGUUAUAGCCGUGCUUGCAAUGGUUAUCGCAACAUUCUCAACUGGCAUAGAUUCCAAAUGCUUUCAGUUCAGGAAGGACGAGACUGAAUCCGAGGAUGAUGUUCCAUACGGUUAUGGAUUCUUCCAUUUUGUUUUCGCCACGGGAGCAAUGUACUUUGGAAUGCUGCUGAUUGGUUGGAAUACUCAUCAAUCCAUGAGAAGGUUUACGAUUGAUGUGGGAUGGGCCAGCACUUGGGUGAGGAUUGUGAACGAGUGGAUCGCGGUCUGCGUGUAUUUAUGGAUGGUAGUUGCUCCAAUCAUAUGGCAGAGCAGAUAA